CCCUCCACGGGAUCUAUAACACAAAACUAGGGAGACAAAGCUCAAAAAUGGCUUCCAAGAAAAUUAGGGUUAGAGAUGAAGCAGCUGGUUCAGUGCCAAUCUCCGCAAGGGUCCUCUCGAGGAACUCUUCCGCUGGCUACUCCUCUCAAGUUUUCUAUGGCCGGAUGCCGGAGGGCGUCCCCUUCGAAUGGGAGAUGCAACCCGGGACGCCCAAGAACCCGCCCAAGGAGCAGGAUCUCCCGCCGCUCAGCCCGCCCCCCGCGGUGGUGAGCUUGGGCCUUCCGAGGCCGUGCAUCGGCGGCGAGGAUCGGCCUAGAGAGCCGACAAGGUGGUCGAAGCUGAAGUUUUGGAAGAAGGUCAAGAUCCAUAAGCGGAGUCACCACAAGGGUAAGGCCCAAAAGGGACCAUGCGACAGCAGGAAAGCCGGCGCGGACGGCACCAGUCCUGGCCACAGCAAGGUCGAGGGGCUCGAGUUUUGGAGCUCCGACCUUGACUUAGCGCCGUCGCCUCGCUGCUCCAGUGCUUCGUCUCUGUCGACGUCGCUGUCCUUCCAGAACGGUGCGAAUUCGGCGGAGUCGCUGGAUCACCGGCCGAGGAGCUGUGCUCCUUGGAAUUUGCAUGCGCUUGCGGUUUACUUUGCCAAGCGAAUUUGAGGUUGUCGACUUCUUCUUCUUCUUUCUUCUCUCUCUCGCUCCUGAUAAUAAUUAUCGCUUUAAGAUCUUAAGAUUUACGUGUAUAGACAUGUUUCUGUUGAUCUCUUUCUAUUCUCCUUGGGCCAACGUAUGGUUAU